UGCUUCCGCGCAGGCGUGGUGGACGGAGGGGGCGGGGCCUGGCCGCGCCGCCAUGCGCAGGCGCAGCCGUCGGUGGGCCGGGGUUCGGCAGCCCGAGAGACGCUGAGCCGGGCGCGGCGCCCUCCCGUCCGUCUGUCCAGAUGGAGAACAAGAAGCGCCUGGCCUAUGCCAUCAUCCGCUUCCUGCACGACCAGCUGCUUCACGGGGGGCUCUCGUCUGACGCCCAGGAGAGCCUGGAAGUGGCCAUCCAAUGCCUGGAGACUGCCUUUGGGGUGACACUGGAUGACAAUGACCUCGCGCUCCCCCAGACCCUUCCAGAAAUAUUUAACGCAGCUGCUGAGGGCAAGGAGAUGCCGCCGGAGCUGAGGAGCCCCCAGUGCAGCCCCCCAUCGGAGGAGGACUUCGCCGAGGCCGAGCGCCUCAAAACUGAGGGGAACGAGCAGAUGAAGGUGGAGAACUUUGAGGCCGCCAUACACUUCUACGGCAAAGCCAUCGAGCUGAACCCCGCCAACGCUGUCUACUUCUGCAACAGGGCCGCCGCCUACAGCAAACUGGGGAACUACACAGGGGCCGUGCAGGACUGCGAGCGCGCCAUCCGCAUCGACCCGGCCUACAGCAAGGCCUACGGCAGGAUGGGCUUGGCGCUGUCCAGCCUGAACAAGCACACGGAGGCCGUGGUCUACUACAAGAAGGCGCUGGAACUGGACCCCGAGAACGACACGUACAAAUCGAACCUCAAGAUCGCAGAGUUGAAGCUACGGGAGGCGCCGAGUCCUACGGGCGGCGCGGGCAGCUUUGACAUCGCCGGCCUGUUGAACAACCCGAGUUUCAUGAGCAUGGCAUCCAACCUCAUGAACAACCCCCAAGUCCAGCAGCUCAUGUCCGGCAUGAUCUCAGGGGGCCACAACCCCCUGGGGAACCCCAGCACCAGCCCCUCCCAAAACGACCUGGCCAGCCUCAUCCAGGCGGGCCAGCAGUUCGCCCAGCAGAUGCAGCAGCAGAACCCCGAGCUGAUCGAGCAGCUGCGCAGCCAGAUCCGGAGCCGGGCGCCCAGUGCCAGCAACGACGAGCAGCAGGAAUGACCCCCGGGGGGGCCCAGCUCGCCCGCGCCAGCCGCCUGCCACCCUCGGGGCCUCUGGCCCACCAGAAGCCACACCCUCGGGGCUGCCCAAGGGAAAAAGAAAGACUCGGGCCUGCAUGCCCGCCGGCUCUCGUGAUUUUUCUGUUUCCCUUUGGCCUCGCCCCACUCCCCCCCCCCCCCAGCCCCCAC